AUGAGCUCCCGUGGCUUAGCUCUGGCACCGCCAGCCAAGAACGUGGUGGUGUAUCGCAACGGUGACCCCUUCUUCCCCGGGAGGAAGGUUGUAGUGAACCAGCGGCGGUUUCUGACCUUUGAGGCAUUUCUGAAUGAGGUGACCAAGAGCGUUCAUGCGCCCUUGGCUGUGAGGAACCUCUACACACCCAGGCAUGGCCACCGCGUCGCUGAGCUGGGGGACCUGCAGGACGGGUGCCACUAUGUGGCUGCGGGCUUUGAAAAGUUCAAAAAGCUCAACUAUUUAAAUCACGGAAGGAAGGAGCUCCGUGGGACAAGGAACAGCGAGGAUCUGCAGUUCCGCACUGUAGCUCCCUGGAAGUCGAACGUCUUGGUGCGAUGGCAGAAGCACGCCCACCUGCCCUGCACGAUACAUGUUUUCCGGAAUGGGGAUUUGCUGAGCCCUCCUUUCCCGCUGCCGCUCUCCAAGAGCACUCCACUGCAGUGGGACGCGCUCCUGGCCACGCUGACAGAGAAAGCCAACCUGCGCAGUGGAGCUGUUAACAAGCUCUGCAGGCUGGACGGAACCCAGGUGUCUGGUGGGGAGGAGCUGGUGAACGGCGAUUACUAUGUGGCAGUGGGAAAUGAGGAGUACAAAAAACUGCCUUACUUUGAGCUGCUGGUGCCCCAGGAUUCUGCGCGCAGGACGCUGUGGCAUGGACUACAGAGAAAUCACAAAAGACUGUGGCAAGGAAAAGGGAUGCCAGUGACUCUGAGGAUGAAAAUGCCGAACAAGACAAUUCAAUCAUCCUUGCCUUGA